GUCGCUGCACGUUGUCCUGAACGUCGAAGACGGUCACGUCUGUCGACAGGCCCGGUGUCCCUUGCUCGUUGCGCGCUGCUUCAAUUGUGUUCUCGAGAGAGUGGAAGAAGCUUCCUGGUCGUACAGUAACAUAGACGCGCUAUCGUAUCCCGCUUUGAGGAAGGACAGGGCGCAUACCAACAAUCGAGAUACCCUUGAGACGUAGAGCUUGCUGGAUAUCUCCUAGAUAUGGGUGGGAACUCCUCCAAGAUGCGGCCAGGCAGCGCGCCGGCUGCGCCUGGCCAAUAUCCUCCCGGCAUGAUGCCCCCGCAAUUUGCGGGCUCUCAAUCCCAGUGGCAGUCAUAUGGAGAGCCUCCAGUCGUCCCCCCAGCUCCCGUCCCCGAGCGAAGGUCGUCUGCGACCAAGGUAUUCAAGUCUGCCCUCAAGAAGUCACGAGGCUUCCCUGGCAAACUUCAAGCAGGAGGAAGGAUGUCGGGGCCAUCUCCAUCCGCGAUACCACCACCGCCGCCUCCUCUCGUACCAGAACAACCAAACACGCCGCAGCCACGCUUUGCUACUCCUCAGCCACAAUUUGCAAGCCCCCAGCCAGCACAAUACGUUCCUCCUCCAGCAUCCCCUCAACCUCAAGAUGCUCUUCCACCGGGCUUCGUUCCUACCCCUUCCCCUCAACCUAUGAACGCUGGCGGUGAUCCACAGGUCAUCAAUCUACUUCCCCCCAAUUUUGUGCCAAAUGGCAUGCCCGCCCCGAUGCCACCGCCUGGGUCCGCCAUAAUCCCCCCACGCAUGCCCCCCGUGUUCACGCCCGGAGGACCGGGACCCUCGAUCCACGCGUUCACGCCCCGAUCCGACUCCUCGACCUCUCCUGAGCCUACGCCCGGGCGCGGUCGCACCCAGACACCAUUCCCUCGCGAGGCCGUCCCCCUCUCAGAGUCGGAGACUGGCUCCGAAUCCAGCCAGAGCACCCAGACGCGCGACUACCGCGCGCCUUCGCGAGUUUACGGCGUACCUCCGCCACCUAUGUUCGCGCAGCCAGCGCAAGCUCAGCCGCCUGUAAUCCCCCAGAGUGUUCCGAUGCCGCAGCCUAGUCCUGCGCCUCCGCCGCCCUCGGUCUACCCGCAGCAAGCUCAGCCAGUUUAUCCUCAACCAAUGCAAGGUUUUGUGCCGCAGCCCCAACCACCGCCGCCGGAACCCACGCAGUCUCGCCAUCGCUCGCGUCGCCAUCGUCGACGAAGCGACCAGCCGGACGCUCAAGAUCUCCUGCGCCAUCCGUACUCGCCUCAACCUCAGGGCGCGCCUGUAUAUGGCCCAGGCAUCACUGUCCCUUCACGCGCAGAGAACCCACUCCCGGACCCGCCCCGCGACCUGUACGAGUUCUCGCCCUGGAAGCGCCUCGUCGGACUACCCACCACCGAGUUCCUCAUGCGCGAAGGUUGGCAGCGGCCGGAUGUUGACGCCCAGCUACCGCCCGACCACGAACAUAAGCACGGCGGCUUCCUGCGCGCAUUCGGCAAGAAGAACAAGCGCUCCAAACAUGGUAGCGACGCCGGCGGCGUGCGCUACGUGCCCGUCUUUCCCGACCGCAUACAGGAGGACGCGGGAGCGAUGGGCGCGGGCGGCAGCACCAGCGGUCACGGGCAUGCACGCUCGCACUCCGAUCCGCCCGACCUCGAGAACCUGACCCGCGGCUGGACGCAUAAUUUCGUGCAGCCGCGGCCAGGUGGAGCGCCGGCCACCGGGGGUGCUGUCCCUCCUCCAGGGCGCGCGGCAAUCUACUUCACGCAGAGCGCGCCGUACCCGGGCUGGAUGCAGCACUCACCGCAUAGGGUUUUGUACAACGGGAUCGAGUGGCCGACGGCGCACCACUUGUACGAGUCGUUCCGCUUCGAGGGCCGGGAGGAUAUCCAGCGGAUGAUGCGUGGGGUGCCCGCAGCGCAGACAAACGAGAUCACGAUGCGCUACCAGGCGAUGGCGAACCCGAUGUUCGACGAGAGCUUUAUGCAGAGGCUCGACGAGGUGCUCUAUCUGAAGUUCACCCAGCAUCCGGACCUUGCGCUGCAGCUACUUAGCACGGGGGACGCCUGGCUGGUGUACAACGACUUGGCCGACGCGCAUUGGGGCAAUGGUCCUGACGGGUCCGGCAGGAACGAGUUUGGGCAGGCGCUGAUGCGUCUGAGGGAUCGACUGUCUGCGCGGCAGGGCGGUGGCUUGAGGGCUGCCUGAUGCGUUCACGACUAUUUCGAUGGUGGCGCAAUGCGUCCUAUAUGCACGAUCAAUGUCUCCAUACGACCACGACGACACCCAGGGCGGGACCCGGUUCUUCAUGCGCACCUCUAUUUUUGCUUACGCCUCUACUAACGGUUACCCUUCCACAUCAUUGAUACCUCCGCGACGCCCUCCCAGCCACAUGUACGAACUGCACUGAAGUACGAUUAUGCUCAUCGUGUAUAAUGUCACUGAUGCUGUCGAUGUACAACCCACUACUAGAUAAUGCAACUACCGUAUGUUCUUGCUUUCGAAUUCCAAGGGCGUCCGAUCUCUC